AACAACUCCAACAACAAAGAGAUAUGUUACAAGCUUGACAUCUGUAGCCAUGACCCUAAUGAUGUGACAGUGAACAAGAUGGCAAAGUCUAAUGAGAUGGCACAGGGUGCUUUGGACAAGGUUAAGGCUCGUCUCCAGAAGAAGCCAGUGGUCUUGAAUAAUCCAACAACACCAAGAUCAAAGACUGGAUUCUCAGGCACAAGCUAUAUCUUGCAGCUGGCCGACAUCCAUAUGGACCCUUUGUACGCGGUGGGCUCCGAGCCACACUGUGGCGAGCCUCAAUGCUGUCGCAAUGGAACUGGCGCGGCUGGCUUCUGGGGUGAUCACAUGUGCGACAUCCCAAUCUGGACGGUCAAGCAGAUCCUCAGCCAGAUCGUCGAGAUCAACAAGACGAUGCCCAUCAGCAUGGUCAUCUGGUCGGGUGACAACUCGCCCCACGACGUAUGGAUGAUGGAUGAACAGACCCAGGUCACUGCCAUCCAGGUCAUGUCGGAGAUGAUACACGAGUACUUCCCCAACACUAUCGUAAUGCCAUCGUGUGGCAAUCACGAGUCCUAUCCAAUGGACGAGUUCCUGCUGCCCCAGCAACAAUGGCUCUUGGACACGCUGGCCGAUUCAUGGCAGCCAUUCCUCACAUCCGAGGAGGUGGCCACGGUCAAGAAGGCGGGUUACUUCACCUCGGUCCUCCAGCCAGGUCUUCGCGUCAUCUCCCUUUUCACGUUCGACGCCGACAUACUCAACUUUUACAACUUGCUCCGUCACUCCAACCUCAACAUCCGCGACAACCAAACCGAUUGGUUCAUCAACACACUGGAGCAGGCCGAGUCGCACAACGAGAAGGUGUGGGUCGUCGGCCACAUCCCGUGCACAUUCUACCCGCUGCCCACCAACCAUUGGUGCCGCAUCUAUGAGGCCAUCUUCGAGCGCUUCAGCGAAGUGAUCGUGGGCCAGUUCUACGGCCACACGCACUUUGACCAGCUGGUGGUCUUCACAGAAACGGCCACGCACAGCAUGCCCACCGGCACCAACUACGUCGCGCCAAGCAUGACCACGUACGUCGGCCACGACCCUGCCAUCCGUCUGUAUGAGUUCAACUACGACACGAAGCAAAUCACCAACUGGUAUCAAUAUCGCACCAACAUCACCGAGGCCAACAUCACUGGCAAUCUAACAAUGUCGUUGGCAUACACGCCAUUGGAGCUGUACCAGAUGCCUGACCUGUCCAACGAGUCCUGGUUCAACCUUACGCAACGCUUCCUUCACAAUGACACUCUGUUGGACGAUUACUACUUCCAACUGCGCAGUGGACCACACACCACCUGGAUGGAGCAAUGUGAUUCAGUAUGCCGUCGUCUAUGGUAUUGUGAGAUACUUGGAGUCACCACCGACCUUCUCAAGGAGUGUGCAGAU